AUGCUGUCCUCGGCCGUGCGCCCCUCUGCGCAACUCGCCGCGCGGGCUUCGUCGUGCGCCCUGUGCGCCGUCCGCCGAUCCUCGCCGCGCUCGACCACCUCGUCCACACCGCCGCCGAGCACCGCCCCGAGCAGGUCACACGCCCUCCCGACCACCCUCGGCAAGCGCGGCGCAGCCUCCCUCGCCCAGGCAGGCGACCGCGUCGACCAGGACGACGACCACCUCGGACAAGCUCACGAUGACCACGCCCCGCCAGAGCAGCACAAGGCCGAGGAGGCCAUGGCCAACCUCAUCAACGAGCUCGCCCACGAGCAGCAAGAACAACAAGCCGCCGCCGAGGCCGCCUCGUCCACCUCGACCUCGUCGCCGACCUCCCCCUCGACUGCCGCACCUCCCUCGUCCCCUCUUCCCGCCGCCGACCCGUCCCCGUCCUCGUCGACCGCCGCACCACCACCACCACCACCUCCUCCUGCCGCCCCGCCCGCCGCCGAGCUCACGCUCAAGUCGCUCCUCGAGCCGUCCGUCCAGCACGGCGGCCCGACCCUCGACGACCUGCGCGCCGUGCGGCCCAAGCGCUUCACGAUCCCGGACGCCACCUCGCCCGACUCGCACCGCCUCGUGUACCGCAAGGCGUGGGAGUCGGCCGUCGCCCGCUUCGACCGCGCGUUCAACAAGCGCCAGCUGGCCGACUUUGCCGGCGAGUACGGCCUCGCGCUUGACCUGACCGACCCGCGCUUGCGCACCGGCACAAAGGGCAAGAAGCAGAAGUACUGGAAGAGCAAGCGCAUCGACCAGAUGACCAAGCGCGAGCUCAUCCACACCAUCCUCGUCCUCGAGUUCCACAUGGUCGACCCCGACACGAUCCCGUCGGCCAAGAGCGGGCCCAGGACGUCGGAAGCCUUCCCGCUCGACGACCGCGCCCUGUUCCUCCUCCUGUCGCCGAAAUCGCGCACCAUCCCCAAUUUGACGCGUCAGCUCGGCGUCAACGUCGCCUUCCGCCGCAACCCCAAGACGAGCGUGGUCGAGCUCGUCCUCAACGGCUCCAAGGCGAGCGUCGCGGCGGCCAAGGAGGAACUGGAGCUUCUCGAGCACACGUGCGCGCGCGGCGAGUUCACCCUGCCCGGGCCAGCGUCGACGCUGCGACCCGAGGUGUACCAGGCCAUCUCGCGCACCGCCAAGGCCUUCCUCGCGCCGGGACCUUUGCCCAACACGCUCGCCGCGAGCGCGAUCGAGCCAAAGCUCGUCGAGCGUGCCGAGCGCCUCGUCAACGCCGCCUUUGCUCUUCACCUCGAGCGCACGUCGACCUCGCUCUUCGCCUCGCUCCCCGCCAACCUCGACUCGCUCAAGUACGCCAUGUACCCCUUCUCGCCCCUCCUCGCGCCGCCACAACACCAAACGGGCGGCACCCCGCACUUUGCGCGCGUCAAGACGCUGUCGCUCGCCCAACCGGCGCGGGGCGACGACCCGGCGCACGACCCGGACGCGACGGCGCUCAGCGAGCUCCUCGAGUGGAGCGAGCGCAUGCGCCUCGAGCGCACGGCGCGCCAGGCGCUCUUUGUGCCGCAGGGCUCGGGCGCGCACGUCGGCGAUGCGCCCUCGGUGUGGAAGCUCCUGCGGGCGCCGUUCGCCGCCGAGGGCGAGGGCGAGGCGCAGCCCGAGCGGGUCGCGGUCCGAGCGCGCUUCGGGCACGUCGCGUGGCCGCUGUACCGCUCGAGGGGCGCGCUCGACGGUGCCGGCGAGGACCAGGUCGAGUUGGGCCCGGCGUUCUCGGGCGUGUGGGCGUUCGGGCGCUUCGCGCAGUGGGCCGAGAGCCAGCUCAAGCGGAUCAAGACCGUCUUUAUCCCUUCCCCGCCGACCGGCAUCCUCGACUCGACGCGCGUCCUCGAUCCCCUCCCAGCCGCGCCGACCGUCUCGCCCUUUGCGUCGCUCCUCAACCCGGCCUCGGCGAGCAUCUCGCGCACCGACGCCGGGGCGCACCUCGCGCGCCAGACGGCCGACGUGCUCAGCGGGCCGGCGCUCGAGAGCACGCUCGUGCGCCGGUGGACGUACCGCUCGACGGGCGCGGUCGAGAAGGGUGCGGCGCCGAGGCGGGUCGAGAUCGAGUUUGAGCUCGACAACGAGGGCGAGCUGCCGAGCGUGAGGGAGAUGCGGGUCGUCAGGAGCGAGGUCCGGGUCGUGAGGGAGAACAAGGUUGACGUCAUGGUCCCGACUGGUGCGCAAGACGCCCAGUUCUCGAUGAGCUCGACGACCGUCAUCUCGCCCGGCGAGUACCCGACCUCGCUCGACGAGCGCACAAUGACGUUCCACGCCCCGCCGCCGAUCCACCUGUCGCUCCUCGGCCACUCGUUCAUGCUCGACACGGACCACCUCGUGCGCCGCACCGUCAUCACGCCCGCCGCGUCCUCCUCGACCUCGGCCUCGGCCUCGCGCGACGACGGCGCCGACGCGCCGGCGACGAGCCUCGUGACGGUGCAGGAGGCGUGGCACAGCCUGACGCGCGACGGCACGCGCGGGACCGACGUGUUUGCGCUCGUCGGCGAGGGCGACGUGCGCGGCCUGCAGGGCGACGGCACGUGGAAGCGCGGGCUCGAGGAGGUCGAGAGGAGGUGCCUCGGGCGAGGGUCGGGCGUCAAGCGCGGCGGCGGCGGCGGCGGCAGGCGGUGAGGGUGGUCGAGGACGACGACGGAGGAGGAUGAGGACCGUGCAACGCUCGCAACUCGCAACUCGUUCUGCUCU